AUGUCGCCCGCUACUGUUUUAAGUAACCUGCGAAGCGAUGCAGUGUUAUAUCAGCUGAACGGACUUGUUCAAGCGUGUCAGGAAUUCGUCUCGAGUCAGACUCUCCAACAACGAAGAACGUAUAUGGCGUUUGUGAGCGCGCCUUUGAUGCCAUCGCAUGCACAGAAAGAAACCGUUAUUCUCCAAGCCAAGCAUGAUUGCUAUGCUGCGACCAUCUCUUCGGAUGCACUCUCAGGCACACUAUUUGACUUUCUUGGCCGAUCGAAGAGUGGUUCAGCAAUGACUUUUGAUGAGAUUAGGAUCCUGGCUGUGGUUGAAGAAGUAUUAAGAUCCAAGUUGGGAUCCGAGUAUCCAUACAAAUGGCAGUUGGUCACGAGAGCUGGUUUGGACCGCCCACCCACAAGCCAGACUCGCGGUCGGCGCCCCCGGUCCACCCUCCCUGCUUCGCAGCCGCGGGGGUUUCCCAACCUCACCGGUCUGGAUCUUGUGGUCGACGCGGACAAGUGGGUAGAUGACAAUUUCUUGAAUUACCCGCCAAAAGAUAUCCCAGGCGCGUUAUUUGUAUCAGCUACCUUAGAAGCUGUUACUCAGAGUGAGACUUCGAAUAAGCCCAAAAGAAAAGUGGAAGGGAAAGAGCAUCAGAAAUCUGGCUCCUGUGCUAAGAACUCAACUUGUGUAUCUUCUCCUAAAGUUCAAUCAUGUGAUAGCGAGGAUGAGCCUAGGUAUACGUCCACGUCCGAGGGACCGGUUACUUCAAAGAAGGCAAAGGGCUUUACAAUGCACUCAUUUGUAGCCUCGGACAGACCAAAGGCCGCCCCAAAGGCACUCGAAGUGUCACACAGAGACCUAACUAAAUGA